GAGAAGCACUUUACCACUUUUAUAUGUUGCACGCAUCCACAUAGCAGAAAACAGAAGGAAGACGAAGUACUACUCCUCUCAAGGCACCGGCAGAGGAGAAAGAAGAAAACCCUCCAAAAGGCCCAAACCACAUACAAGAAAUGAAGAAGAAGAUGGUUCCAAAAAUGGGUCUUGAGCCUUGAGGUCUUACAUCAAACGCAAGAGCUUGUUUUGUUUGCAACAAAGACAGGCAUCAAGCUACCAGAGGAACAGUAGCAGCAGCUAAGAGCCUAAGAGCUAGGUGUCUCUGUGUUCUGAGAUUUCAUUUCAACUGUGCAUUCACUUGGGCAGCCUUUGUUUGAGUCAGAAUUUGAAUUAGGCCUAAAAAAUCAGAGCUUUUGCUUCUGUAAAUUUAAGCAUUGAGCUCUUGGGUUUUUGUAAAUUUGAGAAGAACCCAUUUGUAUUUUGUUCUCUGGGAGUCUUUUGGGAGGUGGGUUUUUGUUGUUCUUGAAAAAACUGGAGGUUGCUGGGUUCUUGGGUUUGUGUGUAUUUUUAUCAGUGUUUAUUUUGUUAGAUGAAGGCCAUGCCCCUACCCUUUGAGCAGUUUCAAGGGAAGGGGGUGUUAGAUUUCUCUUCUUCAACUUCAGAUUCACAGCCACCGCAAAAUCAACAUCUCCACCACCACCACAAUCAGCAGCAGCAGCAAAAGUGGAACCAAAACAGCAACAAAGAGAAUUGCUAUGUGGGCAGCAUUGAGCCCACCUCUGUUCUCGACACCAGAAGAAGCCCAAGCCCUCCCACAUCCUCUUCAACACUGUCUUCUUCUCUCGGCGGCGGCGGCGGCGGAGCCAGCGGCGGUGGUGGUGGCGGCAGCGGCUCUACAGACACAACCACCUGCUUGGCCACUACUGCAGCGGCGGUGUACGAAAACAUAUCUCAAACACCAUUAGAAGAAUCAAAAUGUGGGCAGGCGCUUGGAAUGGAGGACUGGGAGAGUGUCUUGUCUGAGUCUCCGGGUCAAGAGCAGUCCAUUCUGAGGUUGAUUAUGAGUGAUAUUGAAGACCCUUCUCUUGGGUUGAACAAGCUGUUGCAGAGUGGAAGCGGUUCUGAUCAGCAAGAUUUGGAAUUCAGUGCAGGGUUUCAUGAUGUGGUGGAUCAAGGAGGCUAUGAUGGCUUUGAACCCAAUACUGGGAAUUUGGUGAGCAACAUUAAUGUUGAUCCUUCUCUACAUGCAACAUCUGGUUCUGAUUUUGCUUUCAGUAAUAGUAGCCCAAAUGUUCAGAGCACCAAUGUGAGGUUUGGGUCAUCAUCUUCACCAAGCACCAUGUUCUCUGCUUCAAUGAACAACCCUUUCCCUGCUUCACUUUCUCCUGGCAUGUUUCAGCAGCAGCAACAACACAUGGGUAUGGAUGAGAAGCCUCAAAUUUUCAAUCCCCAGAUGGUGAUGAACCAAAACCAAGCUCAAUUCACUCAAAACCCAGCUAUGUUUAUGCCUUUGACAUAUGCCCAAUUGCAAGAGCACCACCUUCUUUCACCACCACCACCCAAAAGGCUUAAUUCUGGUGGCUUUGGACCCAAUUACCCGGUCCAAAGAGCACCGUUUACGAAUCCCGGACAAGAGCUAUUGGUUCGGGCACAGCAGCAGCAUCAGCAUCAGCAGCAGCAGCUUCAAUUUCUUCCACAGCAUCUCCAACAACAGAGGCCAACAAUGUUGGCGAAGGAGAAUAUGUUGAGCCCAGCAGAGGGAACUAAAGAAAUGAUGAACCAGAACCAGAACCAGCAGCAGCUUCAGCAAGCAGCAAUUGACCAGCUUUUCAAUGCAGCAGAGCUGAUCGAAACAGGAAAUCCGGCACUCGCGCAAGGGAUAUUGGCGCGGCUCAAUCACCAGCUCUCUCCCAUUGGUAAGCCUUUUCAAAGGGCUGCUUUUUAUUUCAAGGAGGCCUUACAAUUGCUCCUUCACAUCAACACCUCUAGUAACUCUUCUAAUGCUUUGUCACCUUUUAGCCUCAUUGUCAAGAUUGAUGCUUAUAAAUCAUUCUCUGAAAUCUCACCUGUUCUCCAAUUUGCCAACUUUACUUGUAACCAAGCCAUCCUUGAAGCUGUGGAAGGCUUCAACCGUGUCCAUGUUAUUGAUUUUGAUAUUGGCUAUGGUGGGCAAUGGGCUUCUUUUAUGCAAGAAGUUGCCUUGAGAAAUUGUGGGGCACCUUCUUUUAAGAUCACUGCAUUUAUAUCCUCCACCACGCAUGAUGAAUUUGAGAUUGGUUUCACUCGAGAAAACCUCAAACACUUUGCUAGUGAACUUAACUUGUCAUUCGACCUCGAACUUGUAAGCCUCGAGGCGUUGAACUCUGGUUCUUGGGGAUUGCCCCUUCAUGUCUCUGAGGGUGUGGCAGUUGCUGUUAAUCUCCCAAUUGGUUCAUUUUCAAAUAACCCUUUAUCACUUACUAUGGCCCUGCGCUUCGUUAAGCAGCUUUCUCCAAAAAUUGUGGUCUCUUUGGACAGAGGCAGUGACCGGACCGAUGUUCCAUUUGCCCACCAAAUCAUCCAAGCCCUUCACUCUUACUCUGGCCUGCUUGAAUCACUAGAUGCUGUAAAUGUAAACCCAGAUGCCCUGCAGAAGAUUGAAAGGUACUUGCUCCAACCUGGCAUUGAAAAGAUUGUAACCGGCCGCCACCUUUCGCCCAAAAGAACACCUCCAUGGAGGACUCUGUUUUCGUCAUCUGGGUUCUCCCCAUUGACAUUCAGUAAUUUCACCGAGUCUCAAGCCGAGUGCUUAGUGCAGCGGACUCCAGUUGGGGGUUUCCACAUCGAGAAGAGACAGUCUUCGCUUGUUCUCUGCUGGCAGCGCAAGGAUCUCAUCUCAGUCUCAGUUUGGAGGUGCUGAAGAACCAGCAUUUUGAACUUGGUUAUACCAAUUAAUUCUCGUCUCCGAGGUGCUUCAUAACUUACUGCUUUAGUUUCGGAACCUUUUCAGUUUUCUUCCAUGAUGCUGCAACUAUGCUAAUUGUCUAUGGUGCUGUAGUAGGCCUUUUGUUUCCAAUGAAGAAACCGAACAUUCGAAAGUAA